AUGAUACUAUUAGAAAAUUAGGUUUCAUUUUCUUGUUAUAUUUGCAUUGCUGUUUGCAAAGUAAUUAAUGAUACAUAUAAAAUUUUAGUACAUAAAAUUAUCCUGAGUAUCGAAUAGCCAACUCAUAUUUUGCUUGAUAAUGCAGACGGUAUGUACAGAUUCUUUACAUGCAGAUCUUAAGAUCAUCUUCUAAGAAUCAAGCAACGAUACUUUGGCGGCUCCUUGGCUUACGAUUGUUACAGUAUACAUGCUAUUACGAACAAUUCUCGAGAUUACAUUCUUCGAUGCUUCACUGACACGAGUCACACAUACAUCGGAAUAUUACCGAUCAUCUCACGUAAUUAUGUUGCAUGCGAUUCAUUCGCUGGCAACGUGUUCAAUAGCGCAGACACACACACGUGCACACGUAUACCUGCGCGCGUGUUUCUUUUUGUAUACCUAUGUAUGACUCACUAGGCGACAAAGCAGUUUUACGUUACACGUACGCUAGCGUAAAAUGAAUACCGCAUAGUUGCAUUAUCUCUCGCGUACGUCAAUAAGAUUGCACGUAGCUCGUUAUGGCUGUCUUGUAUACACACACGGCGCGAGUUCCGUAAUUACAUUGAGUUUUCCGACCAACGUCUCUCGGCUAUCUUAAUCGCAUCGGGAGGAAGUAGGCUGAGGAUGAAGGAUGAGGGAUGGCGGACGAAAAAUAUGUUUGAACAAGCAGCAUCAGCAUCAGCAUCCGCAGCAGCAGCAGAAGGGGAAGAACCACUAGUCACAAUUAUUCUUCGCAACGCGUAAUUCAGUUUCUCAUAAGCGCUGUCUCCAUGGAAAAAAGCGCGCGAAAAGAAGGGCGCGCUACGGGUAUCAGGUGAUACACGCUAAUUACGUGUUCGCUUAAUAAUUACGACGCAUACAUAGACGCGGUACGGGGUACUCUCGCGUACUAUUAAUCAAGCCCCUCGUUUCGCCGUAUAUAGCCAUGGGAAUAAUUGAAGUUUUGACGAGUUCCCACUCUAAUGAUAUCGUUCGAGAAAUAAGAAAGCACCGCGCGCAGAUUCACGCCCUGCUCCACCUUCACUACCAAUGUCCUUGAAGAUGAAAGGGCGAAUUGGCGCGUGGAUCGAUGAUCGUUAAUUACCUCGGGAAACCUUGGCGAAGACGGCAGCAGGGUAAAUCGUUGCACAAGUCGACAAAAUGUUGUUCUCGUGUAGCGAGAAUCUUGAAGAUUUGUGUAAACACCAAGAAUCUCAUAAUCAAGAAUCAUGCAGUUUCGUGAUUUUCGAAACAUUACAAUUAUUUAAAAAUUUGCAAAUUAAAAAAUUGUUAUUUCUAUAAUGAAAAUCCGGCCGAUAUUCGUGUCGUUGUACAUUAAGUUACACCUGCUUAGUUUCUUUUAUGCUUUCAAAUGGUUUCUGCUUUUACAUCUAUUAUUUGAAUUAGCAUAAGAGACUUGAUAAGACAGAAAAUCGUAUUACUAGUAAUUAUUCCAAGUUCCACACGACUAACCCUCAUUUACCUUCUUCGACAUGUACAAGAUUAUUAACCGCGAAGCAAUUAAACUGGUAACCGUACUAUUAAUGCUUAGAAACCGGAAUUUAUUCCGGAAUCUGGAGUCGAUAGUAACCUUUAUCGUUGACCGUGACUGUUAUCGCCAUGUAUGUUUAUCGAUUAUUUAUAUAUAUUAACGCGUUUACGAUCACUUUUUUAAAAAGCCAUCCUUGGAUGCUAUUUAACAAGUGAUACAUAAGUAUUAUAAUAUAAAAGUUAGAAAGUCAUGUUCAAAUUCCUUCGUUGUUUCUAACAAUUUGCUCCACUUCUAAACGCAAACGUUACAGAAUUGGCAAUUUAACAAUUAAACGAGCUUAAAUUUGUUUUUCUUUUCUCGGUAUUAUAUUUUUCAACAGUUUAACAUAACUAAUAUCGCGAUUGCUAUGUGUGAAACGUGUGUUUUCUAAAACGAUACAAAAUCAUGCGUUUAAAAAAGGUUGUCUGAAAAUGUAAAAAAGGCUCUUUUCUAUUUGUUUUUUUGUUGUCGAUACUUUGACGUUUGUUAAGUAAAACCGCGCAACGUGCGUUCUGGUCCAUCUCAUGCGUGCAUAUGUGUGCAUACGUGCAUGGGUGCGCAGACAUCGAGAAGAGGAGGAGGACCCCUUCGCGAGGACGGACGAGCAGCGGAACGGUUCGCGUUAAGGCCCGAGGCCCGAAGGAGAAUCAGUCCCGAUCGCCAUGGUAACCAUGCUGCGAGUCGCGUAAGUCGCGUUUCCCCUCGCCCGCCUCACGUCGCGCCCUCCGUUCGUCACGAAACUCCGAUCGUGUGGUAUCGUGUGGUUUCGCGCGCGCUCGGCCGGCUUCGCCGCGCGUUCGGUCGGCUUCGUCGCGCGCGAGCGAGGCCAACCAGUGACGACGCAGCGGCGGCACGGCAGUUGAGCAGUUGUACGCGCGACCAGUUUGAUUUCACACGUAUCUGCGACGGUUGGUGUUCCGGCGUGUGUUUUUGCCUGCGUGAACGCACGUACAUACCCGGCGUACAUUUGUGCUCUUGUCGUUCUCUCGCGUGUCGCGUGACUCCGACCGUGUACACUGUCGUUCGUACGUGAGUUUCGUCAUCCGCGCUCCGAGCUCUGAGCUCCGGUGCGACGCCGAAACGGAGCGGAGUUUCGGUGGACCAGGCUGCUGCUGCUGCUGCUGCUGCUGCAUUGCGGAGUAGAGUGUUUUGCGCCCAGAGGCAAAUACCUGUGCCCGCCGUCGACUUUCGAGCCGAGCCUUGUUGUUUUUCACCUCGGCGGCUGUCCUCGAAGUGCAGCGUGUCUCGUCGCGCGCGUUUCCAUUUCCGGACAGCAGGGGGUGAGACGCGAUGAUUCUCUAGAGUAAUUGGAAUCCGUCAUUCCUUUUUGCGGCGCCGCAGGAACUCCCGUUGAUUUUCGCCUCGCGAUCGGAGUGUGAGUCGCGCCGUUUCUAACCUUUAUCGCAGUGUCAAAACCACCUGUGGAUCUCGCCGUCACGUUACAGCAGUACAGUGAGAGUGACAACGUCCGACAUUUGCGACACGCCGUGUGAGAGAGAGAGAGAGAGAGAGAGAGAGAGAGAGAGAGAGAGAGGUUGUCGGCGAUGCCGGCAACGAUGGCGACGAUGCGUGACGAUUAAAGGAAGGGCGCGAGCCUCUUAGGAAGAAGAGCUCUGCUGAAAAACGCGCGCACCCUCGCCGAUCGCUCGAGCGAUUGAUGAUGACCAUGUUCGGCACUCUCGUGCAGAGGCUCACCUCGCCGGUGACCUCGCCGACGAGCCCGCGACGGCGCUUCAAGUCGCCGUCACGCUGGGAAGUGCAGAGUGACCCGGAAGACGACUCAGCUACGCCCGUGAGGAAGUCCCGGGCCAAGCAUCUGUUGGACAAGCGCAAGAGUAAGAGCAGGCCGCGCGCCCUGCACUCGUCGCAGUCGGACCACCUGCCGACCUGCAGCGCCGGCAACGGAGCCUGGUACGACGUCGCCUUUCCGCCACUGAGAGGCACCAAGAGCCUCGGCAGGCUCGACGGCAUGAAAGAGGUUCAGAGGCUUGCCGAGUACGAGAGAUACUUGGGACAGGAAGCGAGGAGCUUGAUAGACAACGAGUGCAUUGACAGCGGGUCGGUCCUCCACCGUGGACAGUUAGAGGGUGAUCUUCACCGCAUCCAAGAGCUGUUCCCCGGCGACAACUUGCGGCUGCACGAGAGAGACGUCGUCACGACGAAAACGAAGAAUAUGUUACGUAAGAGAAAUGGCAGUACUCCAGUCAGACUGACGAGAGGACUUUCUCAGAAAGCUCUGGAUACUACGGAUAGUUCCCCGUCUCCGACAAAAUCGCCGACUAGAACUUUUCUCCUAGAAACACCAGUCCAGUUCACCACGGGUGUGCAAUCCCAGGAGAGGCACCUCUUUCUCUUCACCGAUUUGCUGCUGAUCGCGAAAGCUCGUAGCAGCGGGAACUUUAAGCUGAAGCAAAUCGUGAAAAUGAGCGAACUGUGGCUUACGGCCGGUCACAUAGAAGACGUGGCGGAGACUAGCAAGUCCGCGGAAACUAGUUUUGUCAUUGGCUGGCCCACCACGAAUGUUGUAGCGACUUUCAUGACUGCUGCAGCGCGAGAUCUCUGGUGGGGACGUUUAAACGAUCUCGUGCGAGAGGAAAGCAUGAAGGAGCCACCGGAAACGAACAUUCAAGUCGUGUACCACGACAACGACACGCACACCGACUACUUCAAGACGAUCAAGGCUCGCUCUGAUAUGACGGCGCAUGACUUCGUGAAGGAAGUAAUGCCGUUGUGGGGUCUUCAAGGACCUUUUCAGCUUUGGGCCCGAACGUUCCCAGAGGAGCCGCCGUAUCCGUUGAUAGGUCACGAACGACCGUUUGCCGUAAAGAUGUCGCGUCUACGACAUAUGCUAUCGGCAGAUGAGGGUUUUGAUCUGGUGCACAUCAACAACAGCGGGGUCGACCUGUGUCCCUUCAUUCUCAGGCCAGUAAUGAAGACACCCGCGAAGAAGAACAAUCGGUCGAAGAUAACCGGUCUGUUGCGUCGCUCGCUGUCGUUGAACACGAAUCUCUUCGGUGUACCUCUGUCGCGACUGGACGAGAACGGAUUGCCUAAACCUGUUCUUGUGAUGCUGCAACAAUUGUUCGCAAAAGGUCCGUUUAUGCAGGGAAUAUUUCGCAAAUCCGCGAAUGUUCGAAUCGUUCGAGAGUUGCGAGAACAGAUCGAAUCCACGGGAGAUCCUAGUUGUCUGGAAGAUGCGCCGAUUAUAGCGGUGGCGGCUUUGCUGAAGGACUUCUUGAGGUCUUUGCCGGAUCCCCUCUUGACCUUCCAUCUGUUUCCUCUCUGGAUGGAAAGCUUGAAUACACCGAAUCCUGUUCAAACUAUAAAAAGCAUUUUAGAUAGACUGCCGAGGGCAAAUUUCACGUUACUUUCUCAUUUAAUUUGCGUGUUACACCAUGUGGCGAGACGAUCGAAACGCAAUCUUAUGUGCGCCAGUAAUCUUGGCGUUUGCUGCGGUCCAAGUUUACUUUGGUCUUCAAAUCCAUCGGUGAAUCAGAGUAGAGCGAUCCCGACAAUCACGGAAAUGUUAAUCCGUCAUUGCGAGGAUUUGUUUGGUACUAAUGUUACACAGCUCCUCGGAGAAGACACACGUAGCGAUAGUGGAGCUGAAGAAAGCACCGACAGUCUUCAUUCAGGUGGAAUAUCGUUAGAUAGUCUGGACCUGACGGAGGCACCGCGUAGAGAUCCCAUGUCCUUGUCAAGAGACUCAGGCUUGACCUUGUCAGAUUGUCAAUUGUUCAUCCCUGAAUCGCCUGUAGGCUCGGAAGAUUCUGCCCCUAAUGCCCCAACAUCUACCAAUUACGAUAAGUCUUUUGCGAAGGAAGAAAAAUCUAAUGGCAAAAUCUACAUGCCAGUCUAUAGAUGCGGUUGGGAGGAAAGAAUGAAUGGUUAUGCAUCCGGCACUCAUAACCAUACAAACAACACGGAGCACAACUUCAGAGAGGAAAAGACUAACGGGUGUUAUCCCAAUCCGUCUCAAUCAUCUAAUUUUCAACGACAAGAUUGGCUGCGAGCACAGCUCAAAAGAACGCCUAGAACGAACAAAUUGGAUGAGAAUGAGCAUAAAAAGGAGAGAUUCAGCGACAAGGAUGCAUAUGAUAGGGAGUACCUAAGGCAGGACACAAUGAAAGAAAACGUGGAGAACUGCAAGGCUUAUCGGAAUAGACAGUUGAAUGUAAGCUACGAUAUAUUAUCGGAGGAUUACAAUAACAAGAACUUGCAGCAGGAUAUCCGAAACGCUGAACGGGUGUCGAUUCACAACUCAGAGCAGGAUUUAACAAGUGGCGGUGAUACACCCCGUUCCGGCAGUGAUUGCUAUGAAUUUAAGAAGGUUAAAUCUUCCGAAGUCCAGUACGUAAGUCUGGAAUCUCCGAUAUCGGAGAAAGAGCGACGUCGUCAAGCCCGCGAUUGUGAAUUGUACGAUGACUUUGUUAGAGUAAAAGCGAUAUACAUGGAAGCGUUAAAAUACUGCAAAAGUAAAGAUUCGAAUGGUGAAUCCGAUGGUAAAAUUACGUACUGCGAGGACAGGAGUCGAUCAACUGAGGUUUAUGGAACCACGGAUGUAAACAAUUCUUAUAAGAGCGUGGUCGACCUCAGCGAGGAUGAGCAGGAGGAAAGAACUACAGCAUGGCCGGACACACCACCUCCAUUGCCACCAAGACUCAGACAUCUGCCGCCGGUGCACAUGAACCUCGAGGACAGGCAUAAAGUGGCGGGUAGGUCCAGAUCUCUACCACCGCCACCGCCUUAUCGACCUCCACCGCAACCUCGCGCUCCCAUUACCACGAGGCAUCUAGGAUUCGGCAGAUCCGUCGUCGACGAUGAGAGCUACGUCUGAGAAUUCGUCUUAAUCAUCGAAUAUAUCUUUUUUUUUCCUCCCAUUAUCCCGGCGUAUAUAAUGUCCAAGUCGUACAUUCACUACGGCAAUUGAACCUAGUCCAAACCGAAACAUGCAUUGUAUCGGGAUAGAGAGAUAGUGGCGAUUAAUCGCAUCGUCGCGAUUUUUCGUUAAGAGUGACGAGUACUUAUCGUCUCUUCUUUGAUCAAACUUAGAAAUAGCGAGAUAAACGCGAAACAAAGAGAGACGACGAAAAAUUCGUCGUUUAUUCAUUCAUCGACUGUUGACAAUAGAUCUUGGCCCGCGUUCUUGUAUUUUUGAUACUAAAUGUGCUCAUUCGAUAUCUAUUUUCUUGACUUAAAUUUUUUGCAUAAGCGAAAUUCUAAUUCUGAUGUGUACUCAGAGCUAAAUGCUGCGCUAAAUCGAGGACUCGGGCCUGCGACUGUCAUUCAGUGAUUCAGGGUGCUUCCACGAGCGUUAAUUCAUAUUAUUUUAGUAGGCUUAGUAUUCAUAUUUAGGUAGUUAACUAAGCAUAGACUAAAUAAACGGACAAUACUAGCCCCAAGACGAUACUAUGAGUAACUCUUUUCUUACACAAAUAACGUUUGUAAAACAUUAAUGAGAGAUGAAUUCUCUACGAGCGUUGAAGAAGUUUUGUGAAAAUACAAUCUGACGCUGCUUGUUAGCAACGCAAUAAAAAGCACAAUAAUGCGCUCGAUGAGUAUUAACGUUCUGUAAUAUGUUUUAUGGUGUCUUAACCAGUGGAAAUCUUUUAUUCUUAUAAAUCUUUUUUAAUGAAUACGUUCUUCAAAUCGAGUACAUUUUUAUAUUGAUGCAACAGCGUGUUUGUAUAUUUUAAGUUUACGAGAAAUUGAGAUUAGUUGCAAGAAAAUUACAAUGAAAGUUUUACGGAAUAGAAUUUGUUAUAAAUUUAAAAAAAAGUAAGAUAUUUCAUGUGCAUUUGCAAUUGAUAGCAAUUCAAAGUUGACUUUAAAUUAAGGAAGAUACUUUUUUUAAUAGCUCUGUUAACAACGCGUUGGUAACUGUGUUUUAACAAAAUUUUAUUGACAGAAUUAUUGAUUUCUUAAAUGUUUUUUUUUUGGCAUUUUUCUAAUAUUUUUUUGCGCUUGCAUUGAACGAAAAUAAAUCUUCCAUGUAAUAACAAAGAUAAACCCCGUUUUUAUGCUAAUCGUAACAUGAUUUGCAAACAUAAGAUACUGUGUGCGUAAGAUACAAUGUGCGUAAGAUACAAUUAUGAUGCAAUGAUUAUGUUCUAAUGAUUACGGGAUGCAACAAGCAUUGGGGUGUUAUAUACUGUACGACGAAUCUUUUGUCGGUCUUUGUAUAUAUUAAACUGUAAACUGUCAUCUCUUUUAUAUCGUUGAACUUAUGGUACGAUGUGUAACAUCUAUAAGAUAUGUAUACUUAUCUAAAUUAUAUAUGUUAUGCUAUAAAAAGCAAAUAUAUAUAUAUUUCGUAUUUUAUA